AUGGAGGUCGUUAAUACUACAGACAAGGAAGGAAACAAGAUAAAAUACAAGAAAUACAAAGGAAGAUCAUUCCACAUGGAAACUGUCGGUAAUGUUGAGGAUCAGCUCCAAAUGGUGGAAACAUUCAAAGUCCGACCUGACGAUGUGUUUAUUUGCACCUUCCCUAAGUCAGGUACUCACUGGGUAACGAAUAUAGUUGUACCUUUGAUCACUGGGUCAAUAGGCGUUUACUCAGAAGACCGGUUAACCCUGGAGUUUCAUGACCUGAGCGCCGCCAAUGAGAUAGAAGAUCGUCGUCUUAUUGGCUCCCACCUCUCCUUCCCUUUCAUCCCAGCAGCUGUCAAAAGCGGAACGGGCAAAGUAAUAAACGUCCUCAGAAAUCCAAAGGAUACGUUUGUCUCCUUUUGGAAAUACUUCAGUACGAUGUUAAAUACUGGCUAUGAGGGAACAAUGGAUGGAUUUCUUCGUUUUUUCUUGUCCGACGAGUUUUACAUGUCUGCAUCGUGGUUUACCUAUAUAAAGGAGUGGACGGAUGGAAAAUCAAACAACCCUGACAUUCAAGUGCACACGGUGUGGUACGAGGAUCUCAAGGAGAACCUAUAUGACGAAAUCGUCAAAAUAUCAGCGUUUUUAGGCUCAAGUGUAGAUGAGAAAUUCCUACGCGAAGUAGAAAGCAGUGUCUCUUUUACACGUUUAAAGGCUGCACAUAACACAGAUGCCGGAAGCACAAGCCGAUGGAAAGAUUUAUGUGAAGAUGACCAUCUACCUAUUUACAGAAAGGGUGUGAUCGGAGACUGGAAAAAUGAGUUGACUGUGGCACAGAGUGAACUCAUUGACACUGCCAUUAAGGAGAGACUUGCUGGCUAUACAUUUAACCUGAAGUAUGAGUAGUGUUGUAUGGAACCCAAUACCAGCGGACACUGCGUUACCACUAUAACGAACACAUGGGAUGUCAACUCCACCUUCGGAACAUCAAUCAACAAGCAUUUUACUGACAUUCAACAGUAAUACCAAAUAUUAGAUAUCAAAUAUUUCACUGCUAUUGACAUGUAAUCGUAAUCAUCAAGCAAUGAUCAAAGCAGAUCAUUCGAUCCAUAUCAUACAGGAAGGAAUACUAUAAGGAAGAGGAAAUAAAGAAAAUUGUGAAUACUUAGUUUUCCUUAUAUCUAUUUCAUGCUUUUUGUGAAUUUGUCAUUUCUAUUAAAUUGCUUUAAUGAC